AUGAGGAAGUGGCAGCAGCAGCAGCAGUUGUUGUUGGAGGAGGCAGUAAAAAGCAGCAGCAGCAGCUGGUCAGGUUUAAACUAGCUCUGCAGCUGGAUCACAGGAGUGUUUGACAAUGCGAUGGGAAACUGCUGGGCACAGUGUGUCGGGCUGUUCAGGAGAGAAGCCAGCAGGAUCCACAGAGGAGGAGGGUCAAAAUACUUCAGGAGCAGCACCACAGGGGAGCAUUAUACAAUAGAGUUUGAGAAUCUGGUAGAGAGCGAUGAGGCUGAGAGUCCACAGCCCUGCCCGAGGCCCAUCAGUGAAGAUGAGAUCAAGAACCUCAAGGAGCAUCGCUACACUGCCAUCUCAGACAAACAGAUACUGAUCGACCAGAAGAUCCAACUGGAGUUAGAGACACAAGAGGAGAAGUUAAGGCUAGAAGAGGAGGCUAGAAAUGCCGCCCAGCGUGAGGCCGCCAGGUUGGCACGUGAACGCAAACUGAAGGAGCAGCUGUCUGCCCAGAGGAAACGUGGCAAAGCAGAUGGCUCCAGCAGUGAAACUCAGCAAAAAAAACAAACCUCUGGGGAGGAUUUCGACGUCUACCUCCAGAAUGUAAAAGCUCAAUCUGAGGCUUUCAGGAGUAACCGACUGCCGUCUGACACGAACGUGGUGACUCCAAACACAGAGUGCAGCUGGGACUUCACCACCAAGACCCGCUCCACUAACGACGACGGGACCUCGCUGGAUCUGGAGUGGGAAGACGAGGAAGGAAUCAACCGCGCACUUCCACCCUGGGAGAGGUCUCGGACGGAGGAGGACAUCCUUCGUGCAGCCCUGAGGCCCGGCAGCAAGCAGAUGACCAGCGGGCCGACCUCCGCCUCCGAGGACUCCGCCGCACUGGAGUGGGAGAACGAUUUUGUGAGUAACCAUCCAGAGGACAAUGCAGACACUGAAUUCGAAGGGUUUGUCAAUCCCGUCCUAGACACCCCUUCUGAGGACGCCUCGGACUGUGGCCUCAGGUUGGACAGCCAGGACAGAUAGUGUCCAGCACCAAAGGAGACGUUUGUUGUGUCCUCUUCAUGUCAAAGCUCACCAGCUUUUUGCCUCAUGAAACAGAAAAUGUACUCAAUUGCUCUUCAUAUUCUUGUAAUAUGAAACUCUGAUGCUGCGGGUAUAUGUUGUGAAUCUCUACACUACAGAACAUUGUAGUGUCCUUUUUAUCUAAUACUCAUUUUUUCAGUGCCUUCAUUUGCCAAAUUAGCCGACCAUAUUAUGCAUUGUACCUUAAACUGAUCAGUUUCCAUCCAUUAAUGUGUGCUUAUUUUCCAUGCACAGUGCCCAGCGAAUCAAACACCUGAGGUACUCUGAAGGGAAACGUUGUUUGUUAAAGCAGAUGGCUGCUUUCAGAUCUGUGUAAUUAUUCUCACUGAUGCAAAAGGACAUUUUUAAUUAGCUGUGAUAACCUAUAGAGUUAUGCUUUACUUUCUAAAUCCCAGUAGGGGAAUCUGACCCCUGCGUUUGACCUUUCCUAACUAUUUAGCAGCCGUUGACAGCCACUGUGCAGUGCCUGGAGACCAGUUGCAGUUCUGAGGCCGGUGCCUUGGUCAGUGGCGAUGCUAAUGCAUGUCUUUUGUUAGAUUCUGCCCCUUUUUUUUGGGCGCCUUCAGACACAAUCCUGCGCUGCGUCGAAUGGCCACAGGGUCGUCCGGCGUUGCGUCUAUUUGUGCUGAAUCUAACCGCUGUGAAACAAUCAGAAAAUAACUUUAUUACAUUGAUUAACCGGCUUUAUCAACGUCUGUGCUCGCUCGCUCUUAUUCACUGCCUGUGUCUCUCAACCAAACUUCUUCUUUGUGUCACUAUUUUGCAGUGUAUAUUGCGAGCUAGACUCCCGAUUUAGAAGCUGGUUCAUUAAAUAAACAAAACCAGAACACAACAGGUAGAGUAUCAAGAGUUUAGUCCGUCAAUCUACCUGGAUAGUCUCAGCUUCAGUGACGUAUCAGGCUGACUGUGGAGGAGUUGACUAAUUGUCUGAUUGGCGGCCGCAGUGUGAAGUUGCAACCCUGCGGCCUGGACCGCUGCAGUCAAAACCGACCAUCCUCAGUCAAAUUAAUUAAAAAACCUGCACCGGAUUCUGUCUGAAUGCGCCUUUAGUCUCAGCUUUGCCCUUCAGUUUUAUAAAGUUAUUGCAUGACAGCAAAAAAAGGAACUGAUACACAAAGGCUGCUGAAGAAAAGGUGAAACAUUAGUCUCAAACAGAACAAAAACAGACACUGAUGCCACCUUUGACGAUCUGGCUCAUCAUCAAACAUUCUUUUGAAUCUUGGACUGAUUGCACAACAUCAAACUGUCUGACUGACAGUAAUCUUUAAAAAACAUUAUUCCUGGGUGCACAGCACUAAUUUAGUAACAUGCUGCAUGAAAGCCGUGCUCAAUGCAGUGACCCCACUCCAGUCAAUAAGCGGCCGAAUAGGAUACAGGAGUAAUAUUGCCAAUAUUACCAAAACUCUGCGUGACUGUGCUCUUAUUUUAAUAGAUCAACAAAUUGAGACAUUCAGACUCAAAGCUAACCAGAGCAUGAACCAUUCUUUAGCAGGGAUAUGCUGCAUAGAGAUCUUUUUAUAAAACACAAUUAAGCACAUACAGUGACUCCUCUUCAUCGGUCUGCUGUACGACAGCUGGAUUUUAAAAUUGCCUCUUUUUUGUUUUGUUUUUCUUUUAUUACAAGAUCUUUUUAUGUCCAAAAUAAAAAAGCACAGAACAGCAAUAUCAUUGCCAGGCACCAUGACACACACAUUACAGGAGCUGUACAUAAUUUGAGUUAUCCAUGAUUUGCAGCAAAAUGUAGGAAGAUAAGCAGUGAAGAUGAGAGGGACGAACCACCAACCCACCUUUGUUAUUGCAACAUAUAUAUUAUAAAUAUAUACCUAAACUAGCUUCUGUCCUGCAUAUCCUGAAAUCCCAGAGUGAUGGAGAAUUACAGACGUGCGUUGAACUUGUUAUGUAAACUGUUUUUCCCUGUACAGUACAAACUGAUUACACACUUGGAGGAGGUGACUACAAAGGACAUUGAUAUGUAUCAAUGUUGAUACAUAUGAGACCCAGUGAUGCAUACAUAAACAAACUACGAGAUAAAGUGUAAAUUAGAUGAGAUGGUGAGAGGUGGCCACUACAUUGCAGAGGUGCAGCACGAAAAACAGUUUACAUAAUAAGUUAAUAUCAGAAAUAAGUCAUUUUACUGCAUUUCUACUAAGACACAUCUAUAAGUUUCCAUUACACCACUUACUUUCUUCAACUCGUUCUCUCGUUCAUUGAAAAUAUGGAACCAUUAAUGAAUGUAAGAGCAAUUUAGUGGCACUAAUUCUGGAUUAUUAUUCUCAUUUUGAAUAGAUGUUGUACAAAUCCAAACAACUGGGAUAAAGCGAGAUGAUUUAAGAUGUUGAUGUUGACAUAAUGUGAUUGUUUUUUUGCUUUGUUUUUCCACUGCUUAUAUUAAAAACAAUAUUAUUUGGUAAUCAAAUAUUCAAAUACAACUCUGUGGUGUAAACUUUGAUCCUAUGAUUGAUGCUGCUGUAUUCAUUAUUUUAGGUCUUGUGCGUUAACAUCUUUAUACCCGUCACGUCACGGUCGAUCAUGGACUGAGACUUAGUGUUUCACAUUGAUUAUUUAAUCUGUUUGAAUCAAAUAUUGGUCACUGAUUGCACUCCAAUGUGUGGAUUUUUAAUUUGCUGUUAGCAGCCCGUAGAGAACGUUCACUGAAAUGACUCACGUGUGUGUGAAGAGGAAACUGAUGUGACAACUGUGCACUACUGUAGAAGUGUGUAGACGGGGAUGUGGGUUGAUGUGCAGAGUGUGUGAUUUUAAAACAGUUUUUUUCUUGAGCACAUUUGAUUAUUAUGUUUUGCUGUGAUUACAUCAUCUCUGAGUUAAUCACUGUAACUUUAAAAAACUGUAACUGAACAUUCCUUGUCACACUGAGCCUACAAAAAAAAAUAAAGUUAUAGAAAAAUGUGUUGGACGUCACAUACACUCACUGUAAUGAUCAUGGCGUAGCGAGUACAGCUUGGGUUGGUACAUUUGUAUUGAACAGAAUCAUUACCUUAAUCAGGCUUGUUGCUAGAAGUUAAAUAUUUAAUGAGAAUGUUCAUUUCAAGGUGAUAUUUCACACUGACAGUGCACGCACAGUACCUGACAAGACUCAAAGGUGACAAACCAAAGUAAGUGACUUUAGGCGGCAGGUUGUACCAAAACCAAGUCAAAACAACUUUUUAAAAGUAGAUCUAAAAUAUCUUUGAAUGUUUUACUGAGGUCAAAUAUCACUUUAACUAGAGGUACUGUAUGGAUGUACUUAAAGUGACACUUAUUGAUACUGUGUGCUCAUCCACCAAAGCGUCUUUAGACUGUACAGCUACAACAUUUUUUAUAAAAGUUGGUUCUUAUUCGUGAUAUUUGCUCAUUCAUAUGAUAUCCAAAAUCAUGUGACUUGGUCACAGACAAAUAAAUAAUAAACCUUG